GGUGGUGUGGUGGUGUUCAGUCAGCAGGGCACGUGUACUAUCUCAUUUUAAAAGCACACCCAUCACGUCGGAGUCUCCAGGGUAUUUUUUUACGCAGCAAAACUGAUUGUGCUCGGACCAAACGCACCGGGGAGACACUAGCAGCUUGACGUAUGAGAUCUCGGUCUUGGUGAAUGUAGUGGCAGAGAACAUGUUAUUUUUCAUACCAGCACACAGGCACAAGUCUUUGACUUUUGAAGCGGUGCCACUUUGCUGACCCCCCAGUUGUGGGCUAGACGAAAAUGCCCUCCGCCGAGGAUUUGCCUCCAUCUUCAAGCAGCAGGGGCAACAAUGACAACAACGUCAACAACAACAACAACAACUACUACCACAACUCCAACAGCAGCAGCAGCGGCAGUGGAAACUCGGGUUCCCAGUAUGCACUUUGUGCCCUUGGAGUGGGGCUAGUGGCCCUGGGCAUUGUCAUGAUCGUGUGGAGCGUAGUACCUGCGGACAUGACCGGGAAUAACGGUAGCGGUUCAGGAGGAGGAGGAGGGGGCACUACUGGGAGCGGAGGAAGACCAGACAAUCGAAAUAAAGUGUCCUCGGUGGCCUUUGUGUUGGUGGGCUCUGGUGUGGUGAUGCUGCUGCUGUCCCUGUGUUUGGGGAUGAGGAACAAACAGCGCGAGCAGCAAAGGCACCAGGAGGCCCAGAACCAGGAAGUAGGAGGAGUCACAAACGUAGAGCAAGAGGAAAGUGAAACUGCUGAGGAGCGAGCCCAGCGGUAUGCGGUCCCCACUUAUGAAGAAGCAGUGGGCAGCGGACAAUACCCCGUCCGCUUGAGCAACCUGCACCACAGCUCCUCCCAGCUGCCCUCCUACGAAGACCUCAUCCAGGUUGAUGGGAUCCGGUAUGAGUUCGAGGGUCCAGAGGUAACUCAAGCUGUAUCGCAGCCCGUACCUGCUUCUGUUUCAGCUGCCAACGCCACUUCUGCUUCCUCCGCGUCCAAUCGCAGAGGAGGGAAAACUGUCCGCAAGCUCCUCCCCCUCAAGAUCCGCAGGAUUAAAUCAGAGAAACUGCCUAUGAAAAGUGCAGAUAAUUCGCAGUCGACGGCUGGAAUUAGCCUUGAACCAUUGACCCCGCCACCUCAGUACGACGAUAAGGUGCCCCCGCUUUGAGACUACUGGUUAAAGCGUGGUAUCACUAUGACUGGAGCCCAACAUGACCACCUUUUUGUGGACCUGCUGUGUUGUGUGUGCACAUAGGGAUUGGACUUGAUAUAUGUUUCCCCACAGAACCUUCUCAGUGGCACUUUUUUUGUGGACAAUACCUCUGAGUUUGGAGCCACGACACUCCGAAGCACUGAGAAGGUGCCGAUUUUGCCGAAAGAAGUUCCUGGGAAUCGGCUUACUGUGUCGAAUCGCAUCCAAGCAAUCAGCAGCUGACACUGCACACUGGAGAAAAAGCACAGACCAAAUAUAAUUGUGUUCUCUGUCAAAGAAUCUCUGAUUUAAUGCAGUAUCUGUACAUGUCCUAAUUUGAGUGCGCCGUUUGUAUGGAUGAGUUGGCAGUGCACAAAUCAUGAGUGGUAGCCAGGGGGGUUUGGUUAGGGUUUGUGUUUACACACUUAGAUAUAAUUCUGAAUCGCUUGUUCUAAUGAAAGGGUUACGUUAUGGCCAGUUUCUCCAUUCUGGGAAACUGAUGAGUCUAUUACUCCUGCCCAUACUGGUUUAACAAGCAUAUGAAAAGACUCCAGAGAGUGGGAGUGUGUGGUGUACUUUUUUGGAUAACUUUAGAAAAUUUGCAAAAUGUCUUUCUGGCUGUUUAGCCCCCCUGGCACUCUGAUUGAGUAAAAGCAAAAGUUUGACAGUGUCUGAAUUCAGUGUGUGUGUUUGAGCACACGUGUUUGCAUGCGAAUGAGUGCGUUACACCUGAGUUUCAUGUAUCCUGGUCAUAGUAAUUCCAUGGUGUUCAUGAUGAGGGUGUUCAUCCUCUGGAAGUAGAGGAGCUUGUGCUGAAUCAGUAAGCAAUUUAUCCUGCUUUGAGUUGUUGCUUCAGUGGAAGUCCUUCCAAAACAGGAACAGUAGUGACCACUGAUUUCUAAGUUUGGCAUCAAGACGCAAUAUUCUUUUCCGCUCAGAAUUGUAACCGUCCUAUUCUGCCGGUGACAUUUAGGAGAGACCUUAUGACUGAUUCAGAACUUUACUGCAGCUUUGCUACUUUGUCUGGAGGUCUGAGAGAGAGUGCCGAGGAGAUGCUAGAGGCCAGGGCCCUGUGAAUAGCUGGAGACCUUUCUGUGGUAGCUAUGGUGAAAGGGGACUAAGCUGUUAAGGCAGCAGUGUGGUCUGUUUUUUUUUUUUUUUGUACUUGUCUGAGAUGAGCAACAGAAAGACUCUUUCACUCAGCAGCUGGGCCGCAGAUAAUGGCAACUGUUGCAAGCUCAUUCAGUCGCCACUGCUCUCCUGACCACAGUUUGACUCACAGCAAAGUCCCUUCACUUUGACUAUGCUAUGAAAAAAAAUAAAUAACAGCCUGGGGCUUUACCCAGGAAACUGGUUUGAGGUCCCUCAGCCUGCACUUUUGUCUAGAUGCCUUUCCAACAUAUGUUCUUUCCCUUCAGCGAUGAAGCCAGUCUUGUGUUAAUGUGCACAGCUGAAAGUUGAAGAAAAAUUAGUUGCAAAUGCCAUUUUUGAGUGCUGUUAAUGUUGACUAUUUUUCUGCAGUCGCUUCUUGUUUUGUAUCGUGGCAUAAGAGGGAUUUUCAUCACUGCCUUUUCUGAUCAGAUUCACUAUAUUGAAGUGUUGGCUGAAAAGUUAUAGAAUCCAUUUCAUAAAAACAAAACACUACAGUAUUGUAGACUUUAUUACCAAGUAGAAGGCAGAUGAUCUCCUUUACUUUGGUUGUUGAAAUUUGCAAGUACUACAUCUUCAUGUUUUCGUUGUGUUCAUUCUGUGUUAAUAUUUGCCAUGUUCAGUACUGUGGACACAGCCAGUGUAGUUUUGCACUGGAUCAGUCAUGACCAUCUUUUCUUUUUCUUUUUCUUUUUUUACUAUGUUGUCAAGAAUAGUUUUCAUUGCUGAAAUGGGGCGUUUUUCCUCAGCACUCAUCUCUCUUUGGCCUUUUACUUACAAUUGUCUCCAUUUGAAACAUAUUGUUCCUAGUUUUAUUUACUUUUUAUAUGAUUAACUUUAUAUUUCUUUUAUAUACUGUGAAACAAUGCUUUUGUAUGACAGUUAUAAUAUGUUCAUGUUGAAAUUGGACAUCUUUGAGUCAUGAAAACUAACAGUAAUCUCAUGAAUAGUUUGUGAGAAAUAAACAGAUGUUUACCAAUUUGCUAUCACAUCCUUGCAGAAAUAUAUUUAGGUGUGGUUUAAGUAUUUGCACGUCAUAGUUCAGUUAGUAGUUGACAGAUUUAUACUGUAAUGUGCAGAAGAUUUCAAUGACAUCUGUACUUUAUACAUUCUUUGUUAAUGUUCACCAACUCUUAGUUAAUGUUAUAUU